ACUAAAUCAUUGCCUCCCAUCUACAUCCCAAUAUCCCUCUGUUUUUGCUUCAACCAUGGCGAGGAAGAGUAAGGGGCGGCAAAAGGUGGAGAUGGUGAAAAUGCAUAAUGACAGCAAUCUGCAAGUAACCUUCUCGAAACGCCGGUCUGGCCUUUUCAAAAAGGCCAGUGAACUUUGCACUCUCUGUGGUGCUGAAGUGGUUGUCGUUGUUUUCUCUCCCGGAAACAAGGUCUUCUCUUUUGGCCACCCCGGAGUUGAGACGCUGAUUGAACGUUAUGUCAGCCGAAGUCCUCCUCAAGCUUCCGGCACCAUGCAGCUCAUUGAAGCUCACCGGAACGCUAGCGUCCGGGAACUCAACAUGCAGCUCACUCAGGUGACGAACCAACUGGAGGCUGAAAGAAAGCGUGGGGAAGAGCUGAACCAGAUGAGGAAGGCAAGCCAGAGCCAGUGCUGGUGGGAGAAUCCGAUCGACCAACUCAAUCUGACGCAGCUGGAGCAACUGAGGCAGGCAUUGGAAGAGUUGAAGAAGAAUGUGGCAAAGCAAGCAGACAAGCUUCUCAUCCAGAACACAGCUCCGCCGCCACCACCACCACCACCAAUGCAACCGCAGCAGCAGCAGCAGUUUUACAUGGGAAAUCCAAGUACUUGCCCAGGAGUUCUUCCUUAUGACCCCAGUAAGAACAUGGUUAACAAUGUAGGGUUCAAUCCAAAUAUGAACAUGAACCAUCUGAUGCCUCCUCCUGGCUUCAAUCCAGGAUUUGGCCGCGGCUUCUUCUAAAAUUUAGUUUGGGUUUGAGUAAUUAGCAUUAAUUUUCUCCACAGAACACAUUGUUAUUUUUUGUAUUGUUGUUGUGUUUGUAAUAUGCCUCAGGAUUGGAUUUUGAUAAUAUGUUAUUUGGUUUGAAAAACUAAUUAAUUUACAUAAAUUUA